AUGGAGAACCAAGGUGAGAUUUCUCCAAGUGAGAAGGAGGCUCUGGCCAAGGAGUUCCGCGAUUUGGAGGAGAUUCGGACCAGAGAAGCCAAAUCUCGCGCCGUGGUUUUGGAGAUUUUAGGCGAUAUUCCAGAUGCUGAUAUUACACCUCCCAAGAAUGUGUUAUUUGUUUGCAAAUUAAACCCCGUUACUGAAGAGAAGGACUUAAAAAUUAUCUUUUCAAGAUUUGGAAAUGUCAAGAGCUGUGACAUUAUCAAGGAUUACGUCACCGGCGACUCCCUUCAGUAUGCUUUCAUCGAGUUUGAAACUGAGGAAUCGUGCAAUGAAGCCUAUUUUAAGAUGCAGAAUGUCCUAAUUGAUGACAGAAGAAUCCAUGUUGAUUUCUGUCAGUCAGUUUCUGGCUUUUGGAAACGUUUCUACAACAGAGAAACAUUCACACGAAAUAAACGCCACAAUUCUGACAAAAAUUACCCCAAAGAUCGCAAAAAUUAUCACAAAAGUUAUCAAAAUAAUGAAAAAAGUUAUCAAAAUAAUGAAAAAAGUUAUCGAAAUAAUGAAAAAAGUUAUCGAAAAAGUUAUAAAAGGUAUGGAAAUCACUAUAACAGGGACAGAAGUCCUGAACAUCGCCACUCUCGGCGGAGAUCACGUUCUCGUUCCAGAGAAAGACAUCGCAAACGCAGUAGGAGUAGAGAUAGGCACAGAACUGAAAGGCACCGCACCCGUAGUAGGAGUAGAGAUAGGCACAGAAGCCGUCGUCAUAGCUAG